GGCAGCUGACGUCGCAGGCCGGCGUCGCGUCAGGGCUGGCGGGAGGCAGCGGCGGCGGUGGCGGCUGUGGUGACAGGGAUGGUAGCGGCCCCCGUCCGGGCUUAAGGGUCGGACCCCGCUCCCUCCUGCGCCUCCUCCGGCCGAAGCGGCGCCGCGGGCCCGGCUCGCUCGGCUUCUGCUCAAUCCCCGGCCGCUGCCCGCGCGGACGCCGAGGCGGAGGCCCGCGCUGGCCGCCCUGACGCGCCCCGGCUCGGCCCCGGACGGCCCGGCUGCUGUGCGGAGACGAGGCCGAGUCGGUAUUGAAAAGAAAAUACUGAAGAAUAGGAACUCAAGAUGAGUAAAAAGCCCCCAAAUCGUCCUGGAAUCACUUUUGAGAUUGGUGCUCGUUUGGAAGCACUGGACUACUUACAGAAAUGGUAUCCAUCACGAAUUGAAAAAAUUGACUAUGAAGAAGGCAAGAUGUUAGUUCAUUUUGAGCGCUGGAGUCAUCGAUAUGAUGAGUGGAUUUAUUGGGACAGCAACAGAUUACGACCCCUUGAGAGACCUGCACUAAGAAAAGAAGGGCUAAAAGAUGAGGAAGAUUUCUUUGAUUUUAAAGCUGGAGAAGAAGUUCUGGCUCGUUGGACCGACUGUCGCUAUUACCCUGCCAAGAUUGAAGCAAUUAACAAAGAAGGCACAUUCACAGUUCAGUUUUAUGAUGGCGUAAUCCGUUGUUUAAAAAGAAUGCACAUUAAAGCCAUGCCUGAGGAUGCUAAGGGGCAGGUGAAAUCCCAGCAUCCACUAAGCUGGUGUUGUCCUAUCGACCCAGCUGGAUCGUGUAACCAGUCUAUGGGAAGUGAGGACUGGAUUGCUUUAGUCAAAGCAGCUGCUGCGGCUGCAGCCAAGAGUAAAACAGGGACUAAACCUCGGAGCAGUGCUAACAGCAACAAAGAGAAGGAGAAGGAAGAGAGAAAGUGGUUUAAAGUACCAUCAAAGAAGGAAGAGACCUCAACGUGUAUGGCCACACCAGAAGCUGAGAAGAGGGAAGAUGCACCUGCAUCUAGUGAACCAUUUGUAGGACUUCACAUAGACAGCGUGCAAAAGAUGGUCUUUCCACAGCCAGAGAGCUCAUUAACAAACAAGAGGAAAAAUAAUCAAGGAAACUCAUUUCAGGCAAAGAGAGCGCGACUUAACAAGAUUACUGGUUUGUUGGCAUCCAAAGCUGUUGGGGUGGAUGGUGCUGAAAAAAAAGAAGACUGCAGUGCAACAGCUCCAAUGCUGGAGCAGGCGAUUUCACCUAAACCUCAAAGUCAGAAAAAAAAUGAAGCUGUCAUUAGCAGUUCUGCCAACACUCAGAAACCUGCACUGUUAUCCUCAACUUUGUCUUCAGGGAAGGCUCGCAGCAAGAAAUGCAAACAUGAAUCUGGAGCUUCUUCUGGGUGUAUAAAACCCCCUAAAUCACCACUUGCCCCAGAGUUAACACAAGCGGAGGAUUUGACGCUUGUGCCUCAGCUUUCUUCUUCAGUGAUAAAUAAAACUAGUCCUCCACAGCCUGUGAAUCCCCCUAGACCUUGCAAGCACAGUGAGCGGAGAAGAUCUCAGCGGUUAGCCACCUUACCCAUGCCUGAUGAUUCUGUAGAAAAGCUUUCUUCCUCUUCAGCCACUGAUGGGAAAGUAUUCUCCAUCAGUUCUCAGAAUCAGCAGGACUCUUCAGUACCAGAGGUGCCUCCUGUCGCACAUGUGCCGCUUGAGAAGCUCGGGCCCUGUGUCCCUCUUGAUUUAAGUCGUGGGUCAGAAGCUGCAACACCACCAACCCCAGACUCCUCCUCUCGCCACGGUGAAUAUUCCAAAGCAGAAAAAGAGGAGACACAGUUGCUUCCAAACCUUUCCUCCAGAGUGAUGACUGAUAGGAGAGGCGCUCCAGCAGCCACAGGAUUAUCGAAAACAGAGAAAAAAGUGAAAUUGGAAGAAAAAAGCUCCACUGCAUUUGGUAAAAGGAAAGAAAAAGAUAAGGAAAGAAAAGAGAAGAGAGACAAAGAUCACUACAAACCAAAGCAGAAGAAGAAGAAGAAAAAGAAAAAGAAAUCUAAACAGCAUGACUAUUCAGACUAUGAAGACAGUUCCCUAGACUUUUUGGAAAGGUGCUCUUCUCCACUAACUCGAUCUUCUGGGAGCUCUCUGGCUCCACGAAGCACGUUUACAGAGAAAACUACAACUUAUCAGUACCCAAGGGCAAUUCUGUCUGUUGAUCUCAGUGGAGAAAACUUGUCAGAUAUGGAAUUCCUAGAUGAUUCUUCAACGGAGAGCUUGCUUCUGAGUGGGGAUGAGUACAACCAAGACUUUGAUUCAACCAAUUUUGAGGAAUCUCAGGAUGAAGAUGAUGCUCUCAAUGAGAUUGUGCGGUGUAUUUGUGAAAUGGAUGAGGAGAAUGGCUUCAUGAUCCAGUGUGAAGAAUGUCUGUGCUGGCAGCACAGUGUAUGCAUGGGCCUGCUGGAGGAGAGCAUUCCAGAACAGUACAUUUGCUACAUCUGCCGGGACCCUCCAGGUCAGAGAUGGAGUGCAAAAUAUCGUUAUGAUAAGGAAUGGUUGAAUAACGGGAGAAUGUGCGGGUUAUCUUUUUUAAAAGAAAAUUAUUCUCAUCUCAAUGCCAAAAAGAUAGUUUCCACACAUCACCUGCUUGCUGAUGUCUAUGGUGUGACAGAAGUACUGCACGGGUUACAGCUGAAGAUUGGAAUACUAAAGGAUAAACAUCAUCCUGACCUUCAUCUCUGGGCCUGUUCUGGGAAACGGAAAGACCAAGAUCAGAUAGUAACUGGAGUGGAGAAAAAAGUAACAGUUCAGAACACAGUUAAUGUAGAGGGAAAGAAAUACAUACAGAACCAUAAGGAACCACCCAUGAGAAUGGAAGGAACUUACAUUACAAGUGAGCACAGCUACCAAAAGCCACAACACUUGAGCCAGGACUGCAAAUCUCUCGCAGACCCUGGGAGCUCAGAUGAUGAUGAUGCUGGCAGUUUUGAAGAGGAACCUGAAUUUCACAUAGGAGAUAAAAGCCAUUUCCAGUACUCAGCAAAAGAGUUUGGAGCAUCAGAAAAGAAUCCAGCUUCAGGGAAUAAAGCAUUUGUUUAUAAUGAUAAAAAGGGUACGGAGGGCCCAGGAAACUCGCAUCUUCAGUGGCAGCUCAAUCUCCUUACGCACAUAGAAAACGUGCAGAAUGAAGUCACCAGCAGAAUGGACCUCAUAGAAAAAGAAGUGGAUGUUCUGGAAAGCUGGCUUGAUUUCACAGGGGAGUUAGAGCCACCGGAACCCCUUGCAAGACUGCCCCAACUUAAACGCCACAUAAAACAGCUCUUGCUUGACAUGGGCAAAGUACAACAGAUUGCAACUCUGUGCUCUGUAUAACAACGGUGAACAAUUGGUGGCAAGAAUGUGGCUCUCUUCAGUCGAAUCAUUUUUUUAUUGCUAAGUGGAUAGUCAAGAAACUUAGUAAUAUUGGUCAUUUGCUGAUUUGUGAUAUCAGUAGUAUGGCAGCUUGGAAGGAAAAUGAACAACUUUAUCAAGGAAGCCAACAUUAAAAAUGAAUGCGCAAGCCCCAAAUGAUAGUGUUUUAUAUGCCAAGGAUCAAUGAGUAGAAUAUAAUCUGUACUAAAGGAAUCACAUUGGUAGGAUCUUUGAAUAGUUGCUUAUAUGAAGAGCAAGAUACCUGUAGAAAGAAAUACGGUAUGUUAAUAUAGGUUUUAUUAGAAAGAUCUGUGUUUAGAAACCAGCAUUUGACCAAAACCAAAAUGUAAAGGAAAUUUAAGUUCUGGAAAAUUCUACAAGUUUGCUCUAAAAAUUGCCUUCUCAGCAGUUGGAUGCAGCUGCAAAGAAAUUUAGGUUAUUUAAACUUAAUUAGGAUCAUGAGCUGUUUCUUGGGUGAUGAAUGUAUUUAAUCCGAAAACUGAUAAGAGAAGUCUCAUGUUUAGGAAAAACAAUUGUGGAAUUCUAAUUUCAUUAUGAAUGUAUUAAAAAAAAACCCAAAUAAUUAGAAUUUAUUUCAGGCAUUGUGCUCUUUAAAAGCAAAGUGGCUUGCAGAAGGGUUUGAUGUGCCAAAUGUUGAUACUGCUGAAGAGAGGAUUUGAACACUGGGGGAGUCCUUCCACCCUAUCACACAUAAUGCCAUCAACCCAUGAAAGUGCAUCUGUCACAUAUGCCAUGUGUGUUCUGUGUAGUUGAAUGGCACUGUUCAGGCUUCAGCAUACAGCUUGAUCCUGGAUAUACUUGGUGUUUGCUUUUUGAAAAGAAAACAAAACUAUAAACCUCAGCUGGGAUGAGGAGUGACAAAUUAUCAAAAUCAUCUGUGGCUGUGGAUUUCUUUUUAACUGCUAGUAGUGGAAUACUGGAAAAGCUUCAUUUGUGAAGAUGAAUUUUAUUUUUAAAAGGUAUACACGUACUCAAAAUUUUUAGCUUUGAUCACAAAUGGACAGAUUUGUGAAACCAAAGGCAACUAAGUUGCUGACUCAGCUCUUGCUGGAGAUAUACAUAUACAUAUAUAUAUAUAUAUAUGUAUGUAUAUAUAAUUUUUUUUUUUUAGCCUAGGUCCUACUGUCUGCCAGUCCUUGUGCAAGUUGUAUGCACCCCAGUGCUACCUGUGCAGGUAUGCACUUGUGAGUAUGCUUGUUUAAGUGCUCAGCGUACAUAUGUACAUAAUCACAUAUUUAUAUCACAUAUCUAGUUUUAUUACUAUAGACUAUACAAAUUGGUGGUUAACAUGAAAUGUUACCUUUUAACAGACUGUUUUUAAAAAUUAAAGAUGUAUGUACAGGUUUUGAAAUUUUUUUAAAAAGGGGGAAAAAGACUGUUAAGAGGAGGCUAUUUGAUGACAUUACACUUGAAUAUUUUAUGCCUCAUACUGCUUAUCAGUUCUAGAAAUCUGUAUAAAUGCAUCUUAGAACUGAUAGUGAACUUGAAUUUAUCUUUGAUAAGAAUACAUGCCACUGUACAUUCAGAUAUUAUUUAAAUUUGCAAACACACUGUUCUAUAUGUAAGGUACUGUAUGUAAAACUCUUUAUUAAAACUAUUCCACAUAUCUAAAACUUCAGCUUGCCUUUUUGCGGCCUUAUGUUUUGAUGUGAAGAUUAAAAAUGUGCAAAAUGGUGAGAAAUUUUGUAUUGCCUUUUGAGAUUUUCCAACUUGACAAAUGUGCCAAAGAUCACCAUACAUAAAGUGUAGUCCUGUGUAUUUACUUGUGAUACCUAAACUUUGUCAAAGAUCCUACUGAUAAAAGCUUUAGCAGAGGUCAUUGUGGGGGUAGUUGCUUAAAUUUGCAUAUUAAAGUAAAAAUUAGUGCCUAUAUUCCAUGUGUAAAUUUGCUAAUGUCUGUGUUUCAAGACUGAUAUUAUAUUGUUGAUUGGUGUUUUAAAAUAAUGACUGAUAUUUUCCCUGUCAUGACUAAGCCCUAAAUAUUGAAUUUACGUCUUCUUUUCAAAAAUGGAGCAAGUAAUGUCCUUGGCCUAAGAAUAGUAGUGUUGCCUUGGUUCUUGUCAUAUACACAGAUGACCUUUACCCUCAGUCAUACUCAUCAUCUUGGUUCUGGUGAACAUAUUUAAAGGAAUGUUCACUAGUUCUUACAGUUCAGACAGGAACUCUGGUACAAAAAUCUGAAAUGUUGCAGAUAUGGAGUGGGGAUAGGACUCCACCAAUGGAAAAUUCCACACCUCACCUCGUAUAGCAGAGUCAUGGACAAAAUGUAGGCUCUACACUUAUUCUUACACUAAAAAUACAAUGUAAAAUUAUCUUCAGGCUGUAUGUUUAAGUUGUACCUGGAACAACAAUGAAGAUCGUGUUUAGCAUUGACUCUCGUGGCAAGAAUGUGUCAUUAUAAAAUGUAAAGAUCCCAGUAUCCCAGAAGAUGCCAAAUCUAAGACAUUUUUCUUCUCAAGAAUUUCCAGUAAUGAAUACUAGCCCUACAUCUCAAAAUUAGGUCACUUUAUUAGCAGCCAGUAAAUUGAGUGCUUUGUUAAUGGAUUGCUACAUGUAUUGCUCUACUUACAUGUAGAGGAAAGAGAAAGCUGAUUCUUAAAUUUAGAUUUUUAAAGAAUUCACCAGAUUAUAUGCACAUAUCCGUUUACUAUAGAGCAUAUCAUCAGUUGGUUGAAGAUUGUGCACAGCUACAGGUUAGAACUUUUCUUUGAGAGAGCAAAUUAAUUUUGGAGAAGUAAAUCCAUUGUGAGAAGUGUCAGGUAAGAUUUGUUUUUUCCUUUUAGUCAUCUAAAGUCACUGUUUAAAUGUAAGCAGUGGACUGGAGAAGAUGUUUCCUUAAAAGAUGAUGUUUUAUUUGCCAUCCAGACAAAAUGGAAUGAGCCUGGGUGGAGGGAUUCCUACUAGUAUGUUACUGGUAAAUAUAAUUUGUACUUCCUCUUGGUUGACUGUGGUUCUACUGACUUGUAAAAUAAUGUACUUUUUUCCUUAAAGGAACUUGGUUAUUCUUAAACUUUCAGGUAAAGCCCCUGUUCAUAACUGUUUGAAUUCAGUGUUCAUACUUCACAUGUUCAAACUGAAGCAUACUACUUCCUCCCUUAAUAAACUGAAUCUGCUGCCAA